AUGACACCACCGUAUCUUAUAACGCUGAACAAAAUACCCGGCAUCGACCGCCAUGAGCUUGAGAAGCUGGCGCGGAAGGAAGGCAGCGGUACCACAGACGAAGCCUUGACCUUCAAGAAGCCCUUCCAGACCGUUGUCCGGCCACCCACCACGAACCACAAUAUCCAUGACGAUUAUAUAAAGCAUCCCCCUGAAAACAUUUCCCUGGAGCCGACAGAAAUAGUAAAUUUGGCGAGAAAGAGGGCACAUUCAAGCCCUAGCCGUGGAGGUAGAGACGUCAGGACAUGA